AUUUAUCUAAGAGUAUUCCCUUGCUUACAAACUCCCAAGAUUAUCAUCCUGAAAACAGUGUACACAUUGGCCACCUUUAAUAAGAAUAAAAAGGAAAACAGGUCUACAGUGUACAGCUUUACACGUGUAACUCCUGCCUUCUUACUUAGACUAGCUGCUCCCCUCUCAGAUGAACAGAAGUUUGAAGUGGAAGUUGAGCAGAAGCUUUUGAAUGAGUGGACUGAUAUAAAAAGAAAAACAUACAGAGCAAACCAGGAACUGGUAAGAGAAGAUGGAAUUGAUGCUUUUGUGUAUGAUGGAGUUUUGUAAGGUGGUUCUAACUUUUGAAUCUGUGAAAUCCUGAGACCAUUCAAAUAAUUCUUCUUCAACAAUACUUUCACAUAGUACUAUUUAUUUAUUAUGUAGUUCUAACUUUUGAGUCCGCGGAGAAAUCUUAUCGUAUGACCAUUCAAAUAAUGUAUAGAUUUAGCCAGGGCUAAAAGUCAAGCUCUCGAUAAUAUUUAUAGUUUGUUCAAACAAAAUAUAAAAUCGUGUAAUGCUAAGCGGCGAAGGCAACUUCAGAGAACGGUGAAAAACAAAAAUAGGUCUAAUUAGCAAACCAAAUAACUCUGCACGCGCAGCACACUUUUUUUGUACAUUUCCUUGCCGUUGUUUUGCACGACUACAACGCAGACCUUCCAGAAACUUUUUUAUGGAGGAAAUGUCGUACGUGUUCUCGUUCACUUUUUUUUACUGCCGCUCAUUUUCACCUUGCAUUGGUGGCCGCGGGCAUUUCUCAUUUUGUUACCGGCGCUACAAAAUUUUCAUAUUGUUCUUCCAACAAAAAAUGUCUCUUGUGUUUUUUUAUCUCUCGCUCUAGAUCUCUGUCGCGCUUUUUCGCGUUGAGUUUCGCUAGCCUUCCGCCUACUCUCUCUUUUUCUCCGUCUUUCUCUUGCUCUGUAUUCCAAAUUUGUGGGAAUGACAAUUAAUCUAAGCUUAAUACUUUAGAUAACACGGAUACAGAAACAAUUUCCGCUUUCCGUGUCGUCUUUAUUGACUCUUUAGCUGCCGCUGUUUUACAAGACGCGGGUGGCUAUGCGAUUUCCCGCCAAAAUAACCUCGAGUUGCGUUUGGGUUGCCAUACCUGUUGGUUGAGUUAUUUUACAUUGGUAUGCCUCUGGUGCGGACGGACGGUCUCUCGGGCGGAUGGUUUACGGUCACGUGAUUACCAAAUAUUCUCGGAUGGGUAGAUUGCCACAUUUUCUUACCCAUGGUGUUCCGCUAAGCGCGCUUCGCGUGUGAGAGCUCCGCUAUAACCUCCUUGAUUGUGCUUCACAAGGUGCUUUUUGUUUUCAAGCAUCUUGCAGAAAAGUUUUGUCAAAUUUUUACUAAGCAAGGAGCGAUGGGGCAGGGGUAAUAGUGGUGAUAGAAGCAUGGAGAGAUUUCCUAAACCAAGAAAACAAAUCUUAAAACAACAGUGACUUUCCCAAAACAGGAAAUCAUCUUUAAUGUGAUCUAAGAGAAAAAUUCUCAGUUUAAGUUCUUUAGAGUUUUCACUGAAUUGCGGCAAAAAAGCAGCAUAAAGAAUUAUUGAGUUACUCUUGAUUGAGAAGUUGACGUGUCUUUUUUUUUCUUAUGUUUCUAGGAAAGACUGCGAUAUUAUCAGAAAACUCGCGGUAUCAGUUCUUCUCCCAAGACUAACAGAGAUGCGAACAACGCCAGAGACCCCCAGAAAACAGCAUCAGCAAGAAGUGGGCUUCAUGAGAACAGCACGUAA